AUUAGUGGAAUAGAUAACGAAUAUAAAAAACUAUCAUAUUGUCUUAUUACUUUAAUAUGUGACUGUUCUGUUAAAGUAGAGAGUGUGAGGGUUCGGUAUAAUGCUUCACUUUGGCUCUCCCUAACAGGUGAUGGUGGAGGUUUCUGGUGGCCUCCACAUUUACUUCAAGAUGAUCUUCUGACUGUUCUCCUGCCUGUAAUAUUCGGUCUGGCUUAGCUGUUGAAGAUGGCAGGUUUUGGAAGUUCACAAGUUUUUAUCUUAAUUUUGUGCUUUAGUGAGCUUGUGGUAGUUGGAUUGUUAAUAUUUAGCCAUGGGUUUCUCCUGACAAGACAAGUUGUUAUGCUUAAUUCAAGCUGUGAAGAUUUUAAAAUGGGAGAAAUUCCUUUUGAAACUAAGAAUGAUGGAACCAAUAUUGGGAAGACUUCAAAAGAUGGGUGUUGGAUGCCCCCCACCUUCAAAAAAGCUGUUGUACUCUUAAUUGAUGCCUUAAGAUAUGAUUUUGCCAUUUACAAUCACUCCCUGAAGGAUGAGGAUGCCUUACCUUAUCAGAACAAAAUGCCAAUAUUCAGUAAUCUUGUUAAGGACAGACCCAGGCAAGCUCACCUUGUUCCAUUCAUUGCUGAUGCUCCCACCACCACCAUGCAGCGGCUGAAGGGCCUUACCACUGGUAGUCUCCCUACAUUCAUUGAUGUCAGUCACAACUUUGCCAGUGAAGAGAUAUCAGAAGACAACAUUGUGGAUCAACUGGUCAGUUGUGGAAGACGUGUGAUUAUUCUUGGAGACGAUACGUGGGGAGGACUGUUCCCUGGCAGGUUUAAUCAGUCAUUUCUUUACCCAUCCUUCAAUGUGAUGGAUCUGCAUUCUGUUGACAAUAGUGUGAAGAAACAUUUGGAGCAAGAGAUGAUGCAAGAGGAAUGGGAUGUUAUCAUUGGCCACUUUCUUGGAGUGGAUCAUUGUGGCCAUCGCUAUGGUCCAAAUCAUCCUGAAAUGGCUGCCAAGCUGAAGCAGAUGAAUUACAUAAUAGAGAAAGUGGCAAAUGGUAUUGGGAAUGAAACUGUUCUCUUUGUGUUUGGUGAUCAUGGCAUGACCAGGACUGGAGACCACGGUGGUGACUCAGACGAUGAACUUAAGGCCGCUCUCUUCGUGUACAGUCCAGCACUUGAUAUGACACCCUCUGUUUCAGAGCAUGAACAUCCACUGUCAGUUGCUCAAGUGGAUUUUGUUCCAACACUUGCUCUUGCUCUUGGAAUUCCAAUACCAUAUUCUAAUUUGGGCAAAGUUAUGGAUAGGAUAUUAGUCACUGUUGGUCAGACCGGUGAGGAGGCUGAGCAGCGGCAGCUAGUUGCUUUAGCACAGAAUGUAAAGCAGGUCAAAAGAUACCUAAAAGAUUAUAAAAACUUAGGAAAUGUAUUUCCCAGUGAUCUUUGGCACAGAAUAGAGUCACUACACAGCAAAAUGUCACUAGGCUUUGAAAAGCUUCCAGUUAGAGAACAGAAGAGAGUUUACACUGAGUACCUAACACUUGCAAAAAUUAUGUGUGAAGAAGUAUGGGCCAAGUUUAAUAUGUCAGAGAUGAUGAGUGGACUUCUUCUUAUGUUUAUUGUUUUGACACUAAUGUUGGUUGUUACCUAUUAUAAGUGCAUGCUUAGGAGCAAAAUACCUGUUAGGCUACUGUAUCUUACAGUUAUGGUUAAUGCUCUUUUUCUCUUCAUUCCAUAUUGUAGUAUUUCAGUGCUUGGUUAUAUUGCCAGUUUCUUCAUACUAAUAUGGAUAUAUUUUCAUAGGCAGGUCAUGACCUCUGCUAGUUUUUAUAUUAAUGCAAGUGACAGCAUUUCACUAUUGUUAUCAUUUCUUUUGUGUGUUGGAAGUUUUUCCAAUAGUUAUGUUGUUGUAGAAAAUUAUGUGGUAGCAUUUAUUUUAAUUUCUUGUCUAGUAAUUCAGCUUUUCAUACCACUGUUUAAAAGACAAAGAAAAAGGGGCUUCAAUAUAUCCUCAACUAAGAGUUUCAAAUUAUCAAUUAAUUUCUAUUCCAUUUUAUAUAUUGUGACCUUGUCAGUAUUAUUUUUCUCUGUGCGACUCAGCUCCUGGUUCUGGAAGUGCCGUGAGGAGCAAUCGUGGUGUACUCCAGGCCAAGUUCACACACCCAUGACAGGGCUGCCUCAGAGUCUGCGUAAUUGGCGGUACUUUACUAGCCUCUUUGCCUUAAUUUUACUGGUGUGGUUACCACGUCGGUGGCUGUUGAUGUGUGGUAACAUGAAUGGAUCUAGACUUGGAGUCAUUUUGUAUAAUUCUGUCCCAGUUGUGUGUGGGGUCCUUGUGGCAGGUCACUGGGCACUACAAGCAGCACCCACACUACACAACUUAAAGGUCAAUGAGUAUGUGGUGAUUCUGCCAAGAAUAAGUUAUGCCCUUGCUCUUAUUUAUACAGCGAUUUUGUAUUUAGUCCCUUUAUUAAUAUAUGAGGUGCCACCAUCAAAAAGUAAAACUAAUAUCCAAUCAGUGAUGGAAAACCCAAGUGCACUAAUACCCCGACUUUGUCAGACUUUGGUGGAAAAAUACAAAUCAGACGGUCAAAAAGGAUCAAAUAUCCCUAUAGUGUAUGGGUUAGCAACAGCUGUGUCAGCUCCACUAGUGACAGUGUUAACAGUGACUCUGGUUGUGAUAGUGAUGGUGGCUGGGGAUGGUAUAGCUCCUGCAGUGGUAUUUCUCCUGUUAACUGCCAUAGCCUGCCUUUUCCUCCAAGCUGCUACUUCCUGGAGGACUGCUGACAAUUCAAGUAUUAUUAUGAAGCCAUCCUGGUCAGCAACUUGUGUAUGGUUUAUGUUGAGCAUUCAUGGCUUCUACAGUACUGGACAUCAAGCAACAUUCCCUUCUUUGCACUGGUCUGCAGCUUUUGUGGGGUUUGAAGGCGAGUGGAGCGGCAGCAAUCUUAUACCAGCAUUUCUAGUUGGAUUGAACACAUUCUCUUCACAAAUAUUGUUUGGCUUCUCAUUACCGUUGGUUUUGUUGGCACCACUCACCAUGGGGGUGAUAUUCCCAAAGCUACGAAGCAACAGUAACAGAUUAGAAAGUGAGAAAGCAAGGCGUGGAGAAUUCCUUUUGGUUGAUGAACCUGACAAAGCUGAGGAUGCGCUUAUAUUUCUGGGGUUUUCUUACACCUUUCUGCAUGCUGCAAAGAUGUUUUGCUCAGCCAUGUCGGCCUUCAUCCUGCGGCGACAUUUGAUGGUCUGGAAAAUCUUUGCUCCACACUUCAUUUUUGAAGCUGUUGGUUUUAUAGUUACAAAUAUUAGUGUUCUUACUGGCAUCUGGUUUACAUUAAGAGUUUUGAAAGUUUUAUCAUCAUGGAGUGAUUCCCUUUAUUGUAAGAUUAGUUAAUAUGAAGUAAAAAAUCCAAUGCACUUUCCAUAUUUUUCUCAAACUGUACAUUGAAGACUAGGGGAUUUAAUCAUAUGAAAUUUAUUGUUGAAAUUAUAGUUAUUUUUUUUUUUUUAACUUCACUGCAGAAUUUAUAUAUACUGUAUAUAUUGGAUGACAGAUCCAGUUUUCUUGUCGUACAUUGUUUCUUCUUUGUAAUAAAUGUUUUAUAAAGAAAGACUUAGGCAGUUGAGGAAAUUUAUUAAAAGAAAAUUGAAACUGAAUUAUACCCAAACACUGCCAUAUGAAAAUGAAUGAUUGUUUAAGAUCUGAAUAAGAUCUUAUGUUUUAUAUCAAAUUAUGUUUUGUAUCUGAACAAGCACCUCUUAAGUACUGUACAGUACUGUAUAUUGUAUUGUAAAUAAACAAAGCUAAAUAAGCAUUAUUACACCUAC